UCUUCUCUACUCCCAUCGAACAAAAAUCGUUCGCUCUUGGUUCAUACCCUGGUCAAAUCAUAUGGCCUUCUGUCCCCGAAGGCGAGCUCACAUGCACGGAUUCUGGUUGUGCCACCGGCUCCGGCGGAAUACGAUGCGCUCGCGAUGUACCAUUCGAACAGCUACCUGGAUUUUAUCUUAGAUCCGAGGAAUAGUACUCAAAGUGCCGCGAACGCGGAGGAUAAUCGUCACACCGAGUUUGGUAUCGAGGAGGAUUGUCCAGUCUUCCGCGGGCUACCUGAGUACGUGCGGCUGGUCGCGGGCGCGACUCUGACGGCUACAAAGACUCUGGCCGACAAUCAGGCCGAUGUAGCUAUCUGCUGGGACGGGGGCAGACAUCACGCACAAAAAUCGCGCGCCUCGGGCUUCUGCUACGUCGCCGACUGUGUCCUCGCGCUGCUCACGCUCAAACGCGUGCGCUACCCGCCUCCCGACGGCUCGCUGCUGCCGCGCAAAGCGCGCGUGCUGUACCUCGACCUCGACCUGCACUUCUCCGACGGCGUCUCUCAGGCGUUCCUGCGCUCGCACGCACCCGCAGGUGCGCCGCAACUGCUCACGCUCUCGCUCCACCACGCCGCGCCGGGCUUUUUCCCCGCGACAGCGCUCGCGGUGCUCUCGGACCCGGACGACAGCGCCUUCGACCCGUGCACGCUGAGCGUGCCCCUCGCGCGCGGCGCGUCGAACGCGACGGUUGCGCGCGUGUGGCGCGCCGUCGAGCGCAUCCGCGACGCGUUUCGCCCGGACUUCGUUGUGCUCCAGUGUGGUGCGGACGGCCUCGCGGGUGACCCGUAUGCGCUCUGGAACUGGUCGCUGAGUGGUGAAGGCGGGCUUGGGUGGUGUGUGGACAGGGUAUGCAAUACCUGGGGCUGCAAGACGCUCUUGCUCGGCGGAGGUGGCUACAAUUCGACCAAUGUUGCCCGGGCGUGGGCCUAUCUAACGUCGAUAGCACUCCGACAACCACUGCCCCUGGACUCUGACAUCCCGGAUCAUAGUGCCUUCCCACUAUAUGCCCCAUCUUUCACUCUGGAUGUACCGGCUGGCAACGCGCAGGAUCAUAACACCGACGAGUACUUGCAGAUGGUGGAAAGCCGCUUCGACCGCGCUGCGGAGAUCAUACGCGAGAAAGUUGGACAGUAA